AUGUUCCUAAUCGCAAAAAUCGUGCGCGGUCGCCGUCUGCUCCACGAGCUCGAGCAGGAAGAGAAAGAAGAAGAAGAGGCUCUGUCGACGGCUCGACGAGGAGGGCCUGGCGCCGCUCGGAAUCGGAACAGCACUUCCGCUGCAUCCGGACAUGAGCCCGGUGAUGAGACAACCGCUUCUUCAGCUGAACCAUCAGCAUUGAGACCGCAGUCUUCACGGCGGAGGAGUCCCCUCAGCCCGACAACUGUCCGACUUCGCCGUGGAUCUGCAGCCGUCGGCGAGCUGUUCAUGAUGGGAAGGGGUGAGUGCAACAAAAUGCGAUCUCCAGAUAGGAAUUGCUCGAUUGUAUGCUUCUUCUACCGC